AUGAUAAUAAAGUCUUUUCAUAUUAUAACAAUAUUAAUUUUUUUUAUAAUAGUUUUUAAUAAUGUAGAAUCACAAAAUAAUAAUAACAUAUAUAUUAAUAAUAGUAAUCCAAAUGCCAUUGGUAAUGGAACUUUGACUAAUCCAUUCACAUGUUUAUGUGAUUUAGUUGAUAAUGUUAAUAGUUCAAUACAGUCUGACACAACUAUACACAUAUUUUAUGGAAAUUAUACAACCCGUUAUUGCAGACUCGAUAUAAUUAAUUUAUCAAAUAUAACAAUAAUACCAUAUGAUAAUAAUAAUAAUAAUAAUAAUAAUAAUAAUAAUAAUAAUAAUAAUAAUAAUUCAGUAAAUUUAAGUAAUAUAGAUUUUAAAAUUAUAUAUUCAGAAUCAAUAAAUAUAAUAAAUAUAAAUUUUAUUAAUAAUUACAAAGAUAUAUAUUUAUAUGAUAAUAUUGAAAUAAAAAAUUCAAGCAUUAGUUAUUAUGGUUCAACAUUUUUAAAUAAUAAAAUUUCAUUGAAAAAUUCAAUAGUAACAAUAAAUAAUUCAAUAAUACAAAGUCUUAAUAUUAAUUAUCAAGUUGAUUCGAUUAUAGACAGCUAUCAAUCUAAUAUAAUAAUAAAUAAUACAAAAAUAGAAUCAGAUAAUUCAAUUCAAUUUAUAAAAUCAACUACAAUAGUAGAUCCAUCGAUAAUAUCAACAUCUGCAGCUGCUAUUUUGAUGGAUAAUGUAACUGUUACUGGAUUUAAAGGUUGUAAAUCAGUUUUAGAAUUAAUAUCAGGUUUAAAUCAUUUUAAUAAUAUUAUAUUUCAAAAUUGCAUAUUAUCAACCUUAAUAUCUAUUUCAAAUAAUAAUCAUACAAACACAAAUUUAAUAAUAAAUAAUAUUAAUUUAUAUAAUAAUAAAAAAUUUAAAUUAUUAGAAAUCUUAUCAAAUAUUAAUAGUAUUUCAAUUAACAAUUUAAAUACCCCUAAAACCCCAAUGACAACCAAUUGCGAUAAUAAUAAAUUUAUAUCCAUGUCAUCAUUACCCGAUAGUGAUACCGAUACUAAUAAAUCAAAUAUAACUAUUACAAAUUCAAAAUUUAAUUGUUUUGGUGCAAGUGUUUUUAAAAGAUCAAACAUUUUAUUUAAUGAAAUUGAAGUUUCUACAAGUUUUAUGAAAGUCUAUAUAUCGGUAUUAAAUGGGACAGCCAUCGUAUUCAAUUCAACAACAUUUUCAGUAAACAAUUUUGGAACCACUAGUGUUUUGGUAGACACUGACUCCUUUGGUUCACAAAUAACAUUUGAUAAAUGUUUAUUUAAAGAUUCAACAUUUUCAUUUCUUAAUGCACCACAGCUUUUAGUUGUUGAUAAAAAAUUACUUCAUCAAAUUUAUAUUUUAAAUUCAAUUUUUUUAAAUUUUAAUUCAAAUAAAAAUACAUUCCUCAAUCUUGACUAUUCAAAUGUUCAAAUUUACAAUUCUCAUUUUUCAAAAUUCAAUAGUUCCGAUUCAUAUUUUUUAGUUAUUUUAAAUUCAAAAUUAUCCAUCAGUUCAUCGACGAUAUCAAAAUUUUCAAUCGGCACCAAAAGUAUAAUAAGAUCGAUUUAUACAAGUUUUGAAAUGAAUAAUUUUACAAUAGAUAGUUGUAGAUCCAGUGGGUCAUCUUUAUUUGCUUUUGCAACCUAUAGUCUAAUGGACUCUUUUAUCGCUUCCAAUAUAGUAUUAUCAAAUAACUAUGCAUCAGAUAACAAUCAACUAUUCCAUCUCAAUGGCAUGUUAGCUCAAAUCAAUGAUGUUCAAAUAAUUGAUAAUACAUUUUCACCACUUUUCUAUACUUCACAAUCAAAUUUAUCUUUUAGCGAUGUCAUUUAUCAAAAUAAUAUUGGUUCUUUUCUUAGUGGUGAUUCAUCAUACUUUCAAUUACAAAAUUUCAAACUUGAAAAUAAUCAAUCGCCAAUUGAUUAUUUUAUUUACAUGAGUCAAUCAAAAGGUUUAGAACUUAAUAAUGUAGAAUUUAGAAACAACAUUCUUCCAAAGGUUUUAAUCGUUAUUAUUGGUUAUAUUCCCUUGUCCCCAGACGAUAAUACCAAGUGCCAUUUUAAUGUUCGAAAUUUCACAUUUGUUGGCAAUAAAGUAUUUUCUUCUAUCAAUUCAUACCUGCCCUAUGACGUCCUUUCGGACCCCGCCCAUAUCGUAGUAGAGUCUUUUACAUGUAGUUUCGAUUCUUUAACUAUCGAAAACAACUAUUUUUUGGAAAGAGUGAUUUCCUUUUUAGAGUCUCAUUAUUCUUUUAGCAACAGUGUAAUAGCAAAUAAUCAAUUUCAAAGUUCAGGCCCAGGUUACUUUAUUUACGAUAAAAUUCGUAUCAAUAGAAGUUUUAAUAUCUCAUUUAUAAAUUUAAAGAUUAAUAAUAAUAGACUAGCAAGCAGCUUAGAGAAUUCAUUAGAUUAUUAUACAAGCUUUAUAUAUUUAACAAAGGUUCAACAUCUUGUCAUAAGUCAUUGCGAAAUGUCAAAUAAUGAUUUUCCAUUUAGCUAUGGUGGUCUUUUUUAUAUAUCAACUUAUCCAUUUCCAAUAUUUGAUAAAUCUAAGGCAACAAAUAUAGUAGACUCAAUAUUCUCAAAUAAUUCAGCACUUUAUGGAGGUGCUAUUGCUUUUGACAUCUCUGUAGAUCCCAACUAUUUUGAAAGUUUUACAUAUAUUAAUAACAAUCAAUUUAUUAAUAACUAUGGUAAAGAAUAUGGUGGAGCUAUUUUCAUUAAAAAUGCAAAUCAACAUUCAACAGAAUUAUUUAAAAACGAUAAUAACUUUACUGGUAAUUCAUGCUUAUUUGGUGAUAAUGAUAUAGGUAGUGAUGUUGGAUCAAUUGAACCAAGUUAUAUGCGAGCAGUUAAUGGUGAAUAUUCGAUAGUUAGAUUUUCGAUUAAAGAUAAAAGUGGUGCUUUAAUGAUUGGUAUUUCUGGUGUCUAUACCAUUAACAUUACACAGGUUAACGCCGAAUCACCUCCAGAUCAAGUAUUCGGUAAUAUUUACUCUGGACAAGUGUCGUUCUCGUAUAUAUUCUAUGGCGAAUAUGGCACAAAUUAUUUAAUUUCAGUAAUUAACUUUCCAUUCUUAAAGCCAAUUACCGUUGAUAAUAUAGGUUGUUCAAAUUUUCAAUACUAUAAUCAAACUAUUAAAGGUUGCAACUUUUGUGAUAUUGGUUUUGCAUAUAGUCCAUAUAAUGGUAAUACUCUGGAUAAAAAUCUAACCAAUGGUGCAUGUGUUAAAUGUAAUACAGAUGAAUCAGUAUGUCAACAAUCAAAUGUAUACUCUUUAGAUGGCUACUAUAUGGUCAAACCCGAAAUAGUUUUUUCCUGUGCCCUAGAUAUGUGCUAUCAAAAUAAUACUUGCUCUUCGAAUUUAUAUACUGGUAAUACAUGCUAUUACUGCACUAGAGGUAUUUCUAGAAAUGGUAUUAGGUGCUGCUCUCAGUUUAUACCAGAGUUAUUUGCUCCCGUAAUCAUAAUUUUUAUAGGCUUUGGUUUCAUUCUUUCAGUCCUCAAAUACAGUAACAGUUUUAUUAUAAAAUCAAGUAUCAUAUUCCUCCAAGUCAAUUCAGUUAUAUUCUUUUCAUACGGUGGCAUUUAUAUUUUACCAUUGUUUAGAGUUUCAAUCGAUUUUAUUGAUGGCUAUUGUUACUGGCACGAUCUAAACUAUUUAUAUAAAAUUAUAAUAUCAAAUGUGUUAACUAUGUUUUUGUUUAUGAUCGGAUCAAGUGACAUAACAAUAAUAUUAGGUAAUAUCUUUUUCAAGAAUUAUAAAAGAUUCAUAUCAAAAAGACAAACAACCAUCUCAACUGAAAAAUACUUUAAAAAGAUAUUACAAAGAAAUCACACUAGCAACGGUGUUAAUAAAUUCAGAUCAAUUUGGGAAUUAUCGCAACUUUUCGUCAUACCAGUACUCUUUAACUCUAUUUCCGUACUUAUCUACAGAGAGCAACCUCUUGGAUCAGACACAGUUAAGCUUUUAGCAUUGGAUUUUACAAUUCACUAUUUCAAUACAAAUUUACACACCCUUCUUUCUAUAAUAUCAUCAAUUUCAUUAUUUAUAAUAUUCAUAAUUUUAGUAAUAAUGAGUUACAAGUUUUAUAAAAUAAAUCAAAAUACAACCACGAUAAAUCAAAAUAUUAAUAAUAUUAAUAACCCAAAUAUUAAAACUAAACUAGACACAAAAAUCAAUCAGGUACUAUCAAAACUAAAUUAUAAAAGGAAAUUUAAAUGGUGGGAUUUAUUAAUUAUUGCGAGAUCAUUCAUUUUUAUUUUAUUAUCAUUAUUAAUAACCCAAACAAAACUAUAUAUUAAUAAUAAUAAUAAUAAUUUUCAAAAUAUUAAUAACAAUAAUGAAUAUAAUAAUAAUAAUAUAAGAUAUUGUUCAACUAAUAGUAUUAAAUUAGAAAACUCAACAAUUUUAAAUAACGAUAAAAACAUUGACCAAAAUAAUAAAAAUAAUAAUAAAGAUAGUAUUAAUAAUUUAAUUAAAGAGAUUUUAAGAAAUCCAAAUAAUUUAAAAGCAAGAGUAUCAUUAUGUUUUGAACAACUUAAUACAAUGGAAGAUGUAGUCAAUGAAAUAGUAACACAACCAACAUAUCACUUUAGCUAUUCAAAAAAAAAAAUAUCAGAUAAACCAGCUAAAAAACUUUACUCUUGCUAUACUGGAAUAGAUUUAUUAUAUAUUAUAUUGGAUAUUCAGGAGGAUAAUAGUAAAGCAUUAUCGAUUCUUUGUAAAGCUAUGAACGAGAAUGGUUUAAAGUAUGUAAAGAUACCAGGAUCAUCAGGCCAAAUAGAUAGAAUUAGAGAUAUAGCAUUCAAGUGUUUCCUUUUUAAUAAAAACAAAGAUCCAGAAUCUUAUUUCGAUUAUUUAAAAUCGGUUCAUACAUCAUUGGUUGGAGAAGCUUUUGAAGAAAGUUAUUUUAGAUCUCUCAACUCAACAGAUUAUUACUAUGUUGUCAGGGAUGGUUUAAAAAGAUUCCCAGAACAUUCAUCAGAGUUUUACUUUUAUCUAUCCCAACUAUUACCUGCUAGCAAAAUAUCUCUUCCAAAAUUUGAUGCCCCUAUGGGCAGAACUCAACUCCUAAUCAAAUCAAUAGAACAUUUCAAUCACGAAGUUAACGACAAAGAGGAUUUAACAAAGUACUAUUCCAAUCUAAUAGACGUACUCAAUGAAAACGAUAAAACUACAAUCAAUGGCAAAACCUAUGAUAAGAUCGAACUUUUAACCGAACUUUUAAAAUUAAAUACAAAAGAUAUGCCAAAACAUACAACAAAAUAUUACUCAAUUCUAUUUUUUAUUAUUGAAGAGAUGGGGCCAGACCAAAUAGUUAAAAUCAAUGACCAAGAAUAUUCAAGAGAGGAUCUUAUUUAUACAUUUUUAGAUGAACCAGAAACAGAACCAUAUUAUAGAGAACUUGGUUAUUUAUAUUUAUCAAAAAUUUAUGAAAUGAAAAAAGAUUUUAAAAAAAAAACAUUAUAUUAUGAUAAAUAUCUAAAGGAGAAAGAAACAAAUAAAAAUCAAUUGAUUAGUGAUUUUGGUAAUUUAAAAGAUCCUAAUAAAUAUUUAGAACUACAACUCUUAUUGGAAAAAGGUGAAAAAGUUUUAGUUGGUCAAGAGCUACUUGGUAAAAAAGAAUGUUUAGUUAAAGCAGUUGAGUAUAAUUUACACAACUCUCUUGUUAAUAUAUAUUUAGAAUUAUCAAAACUUUUAGGUAAUGAUAUCAAUGAUACCAUAGAAAUAAAACCAGGUCAAAAACUUAAUAAGAGAGAAUUGAUAGAGUUGGAGUAUCGACAAAAUCAAAACGACCCAGAUGUGCAAUACGCUUAUUUAAUAGAGAACAAUGGUUAUAUAAAAGAGAACAAAAUAGAUGAAGAGCAUGUAGAUUAUUCGAAGAUAUUGGUACUAGCUUCACUUAUUUUAAAUUGUCCUAGAAAAGCAGAACUAUAUCUCUCUUUAAUCGAACCCUUGUUAAAUAAUGGUUGGAGGAAUGUAAAAGAAGCAAUAGGUGAAGAUUUUGAAGAUAGUAACCCUGAGUACUUUAACUUUUCAAUUAAAGAUCUAGCUUUAACCUACCUACAUUACAGCGAACCUAUUUACCCAACAAUGACAUUGGAUAAUUUUAUGGGCUGGUACCACUUGGCAUCUAAUAUGUCCUUUAUGGAAGAUGAAGAGUAUGGUAAAACUAAAAAAGAAAUUUUAUUCAACUUAAUCAAGUUAAAUCCAAAUUUUGGAGGUAGUUAUUUAGAGUUAUCCAAAAAUCUAUCGUUCCCCAAUUCCACAGAUCCCUUGGACAAGGAAAUCGAAAUCGAUAAUCAAACCUUUACAAAAGUAGAUUUAUUACUAAAGGCCAUAGACUUGGAAAAAGAUUUUACACUUAUAAAAGCAAAUUCAUUUUUAAGUUUAGUAGAAACCCUAUCAGAUGACAACAACGUUAAAAUCAAAUUAUUAAAUGGUACCAAACUCAAUAAGCAACAAAUUUUAGUUGAAAUAUUCGAAAAUUUCCCAAAUAAAAUGUAUGAAGAAUUUAAUUGUUUUGAAUUAAUAAAAACAAUGGAAGCUAACAAUAUGAUGACAAUCACUUUAGAUGGUUAUGAAGUUUCAAAAUACGAAAUGUCGAAUGAAGUUUUAAAAUAUAAACUUUCUCAAGAUAAAAAUAAUAUUAUUAAUAUUUUUAAAAAUAUAACUAAUUUUUUUAAAACUAAAUAA